CUUUGUCUCCCUCCCAACUCCGUUGUCCGUCUCGUCUCGUCUAGCGCGACUGCGACUGCGACUUCGACUUGCACGCUCGAUUGCUCCUCACUUUGCCCCCUCCUACUUUACGUCGUUGUUGCCUUGUCAUCAUCGCGGCCGGUUUCCGUUCAAUAAGGCACACACACGCAAGCCCCCUGACCGGAUCAGCGACGACAGGCCGCGGCGACAAGGACGAGCAACGACGAGACGAGGGUAGCAAGUGAGCGCCGCGCCCCCGGCCUCGGUCAUUGCUUGCGCUGUCGACCAUCGUAGACCAGCCGCUCGUCCGACCCCUUAGCUCUGGCCAGCACCAACAACUCUACCUCUUCCUAUAUCUCUCGUGAGAGCCAGGAGUCAUGGCUGAAGACGCGACACAAAGCAGUCGUAGCAGCGGUCGCGAUGGAGGACAGGGCGGCUCCUCUACUCGAACGAAGCAGCAGACGAGUAGCAGGAUGAUGAAAACGACUAGGAGGGGACGGCCCUAUGCAAAGGAUACCCACGAUCUCUUUGCGACGCUCAUCGUCUCUCUUGAGCUGACGACGCACCGUCAAUACUUCAAAACGUACACCAACUCCUUCACUACAGACGAGGCGGCCGAGAAUCUGUCGGCGCUCAAGUUCUCGCAGUCCAAUCGAGCGCCUGAUCCGAGGGAGCCGAGCAGAGUUGUGACGACGACGACGACGACGACGUUCAGCAUGAAUCGUGAUAUGGCCAAAGGUAUCUGCCAACACUUCAUGGAUGCUCGUCUCAUUGAGAAUGCUGCUGAUCCUUCGAGCGCCAUUUUCAAGGACAAAGGCGUCUACCAACUCACGCCCAAGGGCCUUCACAUCCUCGAGCGUUUCAUUACAAAGAACGGCAUCAAUGGCGAGCACCUACUCAAAGUCUUCUCCUCUCAGCCCAUCUGCAUGAAGCUCCUCCAUCUCGAGCGACGAGCCCACGACGACGAGCUCCUCAUCAAUCGCCCCAUCAUCGAGGUCCUCUUUCGCCGCUUCUGUGGCCGCCAGCCAAACUACAUCGAUGCAGCCAUGGCCCCUCAAAAGCCCGGCCAGCCGCCCGUUGUCUUUGAUCGUACUCUAGGCAUUGGGCUGUCAGACCUGUAUGACAAGCCUCGAACGUCAAAGAACGCAGAAGCAGUCAAGCAUACCUUCUCCGCUGUUGCUGCGUUGGACUGGCUGUGCGACUUCACCACCAUCUGCGGGCGAGAUGAAGCAGCAGAGAUCUGCGCCCACUUCCAGCGCAUGGGCUUCGUGGGGCUGGUGCGCGACUCGUCGUCUAGGCGCGGCGGUGGUAGCGAGGGAGAUGAUGACGCUGUACUGGUGCGAGGGGAGGAUGGCAUCGGCCGCGUGAGCGAGGGAGAGUUCAGAUGCCACUACAAGGCAAUCUACGCCUUGACCGAUCGAGGCAGAGCCGUCGCUCGCUGGCCGGGGUAUGCACAGCCGGCAGAUAGCUACGGCAAUGCAGGGUCUGGUAGGCCAAGUCGCGACAGCAGCGAUGUCGCCGGGAGUGGGACAAGUGCUGGGGCACCAGGUGCGGGGGGUCCGGCUGUGCGUGGUAGCUUCGACUACGGUGGAGCGUCAAGCCACGAUGCGCGACGUGCAGCGGCAGCAGCAGCAGUAGCGGGCGCCGGGGCUGGAGGGAAGGACGCCUUGCACUCAGCCUCGGGCGGUGACGAGCAACAAGAAGUAAUGGCCUCCAACGGCAACCGACCCGAGUACGGUGGCUCUCAAGGGGGUGACAACUCUCGCAGCGCCUCCAUCUCAUCGCGCUCGAUCGGCAGCGACUCCAACAGCAGCAGGCAAGGUUCCAACCUCUUUCGCAAGCAGUCCGCCGCAGAGAAGCUGCGCAAUGACUACCUGGUCCGCUCAGGCGGCGGCGGCAAUACCGGAGGGACAAGCGGGGGCGGCAGUAGCAAGGACAGUCAUGGUCAUGACUCUGCCUCGGGCUCCGUCGGAGGAUACAACUCGCGAGACUCUAACACGAAUAGGUUGCGCCAGAUCCUCGAAGAGCCCGCGUUGCGCUCCCUCUACCGCGACUUCUUGAAGCAGAACUUCUGCGAAGAGAAUCUCUCCUUCUGGCUGGACGUACAGGAUUUCAAGCGUCGCUUCCACACCACCUCGAGCGCCGUAGCAGUCAAGUCCUCGAAUGCUAACCAGCAGGGCGAGCGUACCUCACGCCGCACCGGCUUGUUCAAUCGCAACGCUGCCAAGCAGGCUGCUGCAGCGGCAGCGGCGGAAGCGCAGCAGCGGGCCAGCGGCCAGGGAACGAAUACGGCGAUGGAGAAGCAUCAGCAGGACCUCAUCGCCAUGGCCUUCGUGAUCUACAAUACGUAUCUGGCGCCUGCGUCACCUUGUGAGCUCAAUAUUGAGCACAAUUUGCGCACGGAGCUGGUCAACUACAUGACCAAGGUGCUCACCGACGCUCGAGCUACUUCAGGGGCCGAAGGCGGAGGAGUCACAACGGUCAGGGCGCAAGACCUUGUGGCGCAGCAGCAGCAGUCAGUCAACGAUGCUUUCCCUAGCAAUCUCUCUGGCCCACCUGCGGCCAGUACCUCCUCCUUCGGGACAGGGCGCGGUCGUCCCAGCACCGAUCUUGGGGACGGCUCCUCCGGUCCGGGCAGCACCACGCCACUUGGACCCAACGCCUCGGUCGAAGAGCGCAAGAAGACGGUCUUUGCCUCGAUGCCUCGAGCUCCGCUUCAUGCUUCGCAGCUGCAGACAAUCGUGCGAUUGUACGAGCGUAUCCAAGACCACACCUUCAAGCUCAUGGCGACGGACUCUGUUCCUCGCUUCAUCAAGGACAACCGUUUCCUCAACCUGGUGAGGAGUGUAGAGGAGUACACGGAAGCGCUGGAGAGUGGCAGGCUGGACCCCAAUUCGAAUGAAGGGGCGGGGCCGGCGAUCAGUAGAAGCGUAGUCGAGGCGAUGGAGCUUGGUGGUGGCGGGGCUCAGAAUGGGGCCGGAGGCGGAGGCGCAGUAGGAGGAGGCGGCGGGAUGCUGCCACGAUAGUAGAGGCAGUGAGGGCUGAGAUCUUUCCAUCGUCGUACUUGAACCUGUUUACUCGAUCCUUUUAAUGCGAACUACACUGAUGCGUC